UGCCAUAUUAGCUUGUGGCAGUUUCAAAUUUCCAACUUGUUGACAAUUUGCUUCGACAGCUUUGGUACUGUUGGACUAGCAAACCUCACUUACCGAGCUAUAUUUAUGGUUCCUGUUUCGUUAAUGCAGUGAAGGCUGAAAGUGAGCAUGACAUUGAUGAUGGCAUCGAGGAAUGUGACCUGGUAGAAAUACACCUUAUGGAGCCCGAUUGUCCCGACAGCUGCCCCGUGAAUUUCAAGAUGGAACCUAACCAAGAGCCUGGUGGUGCAAAGCGUACUGGCCCCAUUGAGACGUCACAUUCAGGUGGGAUUUCUGAUGAGGCAGUGGCUGCGGUCACGGAAUGGCCAAGGAACAGUACAGUGAAAGUGGAAUCGCAACAACCUACUGGAAGAUUGGAAAAAGCUAGCAGCAAUGAAAUCGACCAUGCCGAGAUGGGGACUUCCGAAGAUGUGGUGUCAGCUGACCGAGGAUGGUUCACCGAGGAGACAGAUGAUUCUGACGCAAGCGGUGAAGACACAACCACCAGAUGCAGCGAAGUACUGCCAGUUAAGCGUGGGUCCAAGCGCCGCAAGCAACCUGCCAGAUUUUGCUGCAAACUAUGCCCGUUUGUCACUAGACGGAAAGCGGGCAUGGCGCUGCACCUUAAGAAGCACAAGCGGGCUGGAUCUUUGUCGCAAGCUCCACCAAGCCAGCCACCCGAGGCUGAGGACAACAUCACUGAAAAUGAAAGGUCAAGCAAAGACUCUUGCACCGCUUCAUCUGAGGCAGCUGCCCCACGCAAGACCCGAGAAAAGAGCAACAGCGGAAGUGAAAGAGACGCAAAUUUGGAGGUUUUGAGAGAAUCUGAAUCGUCGACUUGCCAGAACAGAGAAGGGGCCAAGUCGGUCGAGUCUUCACAGUGCAACCGCACGACAGCGGAACCUCCUGCCAUGAAAGAGCCGCUGAUGCUUCGGUGCCACGCGUGCUCAUUUGUAACAAAGUAUCAAGCAUCGCUAUUUGUGCACAUCAAGUCUCAUGCAGCCAAGAAGGAGCCGAAAAGCAAGAGCCCUAUAACUUCGCACGCCAGGGAGCACACGGGUGAAAAACCUUUCAAGUGUACCGAGUGCCAACGUGCAUUUGUGGACAAGGGCAACCUUGUUGCGCACAAGCGAACAUGCUGUGGUAAAACGCCAUACAAGUGCAGUUUUUGUCCAUGCGAAUUCAAUCAGAAGUCCCUCCUAAGGCGCCAUGUGCUUCGUAGCCAUGGUCAUAAGGAAAACGGUCACUCGUGAUUUCUGAAUUUCGCAGCUAUUCCUGGUUUCUUUAUUGCUGCAGUUUUAUUGUUUUGUACUGUGCCAGCCUUGCAUGUUUAAUGUUGACUACACAUGUCAUUGAGCGUACUUUCCAAUGUGGUUCUUACUGUUUCCAAAACUAUUGGUUUACUCUGAAAUGUAUGAAACUUCAUUUUGCCAUGACACCAGUUUCCAUCGUUCCACUGAAUUGUUAUGGG